AUGCACUAUUAUUAUUUUUCUCUUAUUUCAAUUGUUCCUAGUUUGGUCUACGGUGUUAUAAUUGAAACAAGUUAUGGUAAAUUGGAAGGAAAAGAUGUGCCAGGUGAUGAUUAUGGAAUGUUUCACAGUUUCAAAAGUGUGCCAUUUGUGAAAGCACCGUUGGGAGACUUGAGAUUUGAAUUACCACAAAAAAUGGAACCCUGGGAAGGAAUCAAGGAUGCCCGAGAAUAUAGGUUUGGUUUCUCAUAAAAAUUUAUCGGAAUAUUUUUCUGGAAUAUUAAUUACAGUCCCGCGUGUCCAAGUAUUUCUAAAGAGUUCCACGGUGUACCACAAAAUCAAAGCGAAGAUUGUCUGUAUUUGAACAUUUUCACUUCUCAAAAAUGUUUGGAUACUUCGAAUUGUUCUGUUAUAAUGUUUACUCACGGCGGUGGGAUGAAUUUGGAUUCGGCAAUCAUGUUUCCCGAAGACUUCUUUUUUGAAAAAUAUGUGAAAAAUGAUAUUGUCUUUGUUACUACUGCUUAUCGAUUAGGAGUUUUGGGAUUGUACAGUUUGGGCGAUGAAGAAUUGACUCAUCAGAAUCUAGAUUUUUACGGUGGGAUUUAUAAUUUUGAGAAUCAUACAUUAUAUUUUUUUUGUUAGAUUGUAACGCGUCUCUUCAUUAUAUUUAUCAAGAAGUAAAACAUUUUGGAGGAAAUGAAAAACAUAUAACUUUGAUGGGACAUUCUUCUGGUGCUGUGAUUUCUUUAUUGUUGGGUGUCAGUAAAAAUGUGGACCCUGAUCGCAAAAUCAUUGAACGAAUUAUUUUUCUCAGUGGUAUUCCUCAAUACAAUGUUCCUCAACUUUAUAAACGUAAUAUUAAUGAAAUGAAUAAAAGAAGUGGAUGUGGAAACUCUACAAAAGUUCACGAUAUUCUUCGUUGCAUGAGAAGUAAACCAUACGAAAUGUUGCUUGAUAUUCAAAUUGAAAUGGAUCACGAGCAUAUGCUAUUCUGGAAUUACAUUUUGGGACCACCGUUUGCAAAUCCUGGAGUUACCGUUGCAGAAUUUCUAGAGGAUAUUAUACCUAGAGAGAUUCUCUUUGGAUGUACAAAAAAUGAGAUGGGUCCCAAUCCAUAUCCAGAUGUUGAUCCAUCUGUUGCCGGAGGUUUUUGGAGUUAUGAAAAUCCAAUUGAAAUCGGCGAUUAUUUCACAAAACUUCAGGCUGACAGUAAUUAUACAAUUAAUGAAGCUAGAGCGCAAGGAAUUUUCAUGACCACUAUUUUAUAUUCUCAAGCAUUUGCGAGAAAAGGUGGAAAAGUAUACAUUUUUCAAUCAGAGUGAGUCAAAUCAUUCUGAAAUUUUUCACAAGGUCUGAACGUUUUCAGACAAGAACCUCAUAAUAACCACGUUUCUGAUAUGCAAUAUUUUGUUGGUUAUCAUCGAGAAAAAGUGCAUACACCAGAUAUGGAUAUUUUGAACACAUUCUAUAGUAAAAUGUUGGUCAAUUUCACAAAAUUUGGGAAUCCUAGUCCGAAUUGGGAGCCUCUCAAUCUUGCAAAAAUGAAUUAUUAUUCGGUGCAAGUCGAUACAAAAAAUAAUCUUUGGCCAGUCAUGAAAAAUAACUUCCAUCAAGAAGAAUAUGAUUUUUGGAUGAAAAACAUGACAAAACUUGAUAAACUUAUAUCAGCUAAGAAGUCAACUGGUAAACUCCAAAGUUUCUCAGGAAUUUCGGAUGUUUCUUCGAGAAACACUUCAUUUUUAUUCAUGACAGGGAUUGGUUUAAUGUUUUCCGUGUUUUUUGUUUUGCUUAUUGUAAAACAAAGUGAGAGAAAAAGGGGCUACAUUGUCUUGCAAUAAAUUUGUUCAACUUCAGAAAGUAGUCUUUUACAAAAUUGUAUCUUAUGAGCCUAUGCAGAAGAAUAAAGAAAAUGUCAACAAAAUACAAAAUAUUGUUUGUGAAAAUCUUUUUCGCAAAAUUCCCACAUUUUCAGACAACAAAGAAAAAUUCUUGAAAUAAUUUCGUUGCUAUAAAAAGUUGAGGAAACCAACAAAAACAUGACAAAAUGGGUUUCAUCUUGAAGACUGUGCUAACUUUGUCAUUCAUCAACUUUUCUCUAUCCACAAAAUGGUAUAUGCAAUCUAAUAUCAGUUGCAGCCAUUAUGAUAAUUGGUGUUAUCAAAUUUUAUAUUUUGAAGAUGAUUGGUUUCUGGAUGACAGAAUGACAGAAGUCCCUUAUAACUGUAUCAAAAACCAUACUUCAGAUUUCCAUCUCGUAGUUUCUUCUCAAAAAGGUGACGAAAUGAUGAGUGUAAGUCAUUUUAUUCAUAAUUCACUUUGAAACCAUAUUUUUAGAAAACAUACGAUCCAUUUGCUCAAAUCCUCCACAACUGUACACAAAACGGUGAAAAUAGAACUAUCAGAUAUAAAGAACCUGAUUGGGAAACAUCAUGUGAGACUGAGUUAGUGUAAGUUGAUCUUCCCUAUUCGAAAGUAUUAUUUCAGGGAUCGUGUGUUCAAAUACAGUGUCGAAUUGGAUAACAAAGGAUCAUCAUCUUCAAUUUUUUUCAGAAACAUUUUCGGUUGAAAUAAUAUUUAACUAUUUAUCAUCAAUAAAAAUAUCAUAA